UGGAGACCCAUGGGACAUCAUAGCCGAUAUCUAUAUGAAGUCAGUGAUUCUCCUACCAGGUUUAUAGUGUAUUUAGAAUAUAUAUAAUCGGUGUUUGUUGCGAUGGACAGUGUGGCUAUAAUAUAGUGGGUAUUUUCCGCUGGCAGACGCCACCGACGCUUUCCAGACACAGGCCACCAUUUUAUAUUGCUGUUACAAGUCCGCUCGCACUCGGAGGGCUUCAACAAACAUUGUGGACAUCUUAUAAUGUUUAUUACUUUAUUGCUCAUUCAGCGUAAGCUUAGUGAACACGGCCUAUUUUGUGUAUUCACAGGAGAUGUAGAAUCAUAUCUUGCACUAACAUAGCAGGUAUGAUUUUUAUAAUGUGAAAUAACGGUAAACUGCAUCGACUUAUUUCUGGAAAUAACAAAUAGUGAUACUUCUUGAUCAGCGGGCUAAGAAUUCAAAUUGCUAUAACGAAUAUACAGAAUCGACGACCAUCGCUAUCAUUGCAACAUUAUAUAUCAACAAGAAGCAGCUCGGAGUUUACAGAGGCAUGACAGGGAUGUGCGCCACCUGUGACACUCUCUGCAGGCUGAUUCGGAUGAGUGGCAGCUCAUUUUGUGAACACUAGUCUGUAGUAUUGACAGUGAGAUUAUUUCAUAUGGGCAUGAUACCAUCACAUUUGAUGUCUAUUUGAAUAUCAUCUGGUUUCUAACACAGGAUUGUUAACUCUUGUCCAGGAUACAGCAGUCACGGAGUACUUCAAAUUAGUCCGUUUGACCAAGAGUUCAUCCAUCAUAAACAACAUGGAGCCCCCGCCAACUUCUGAUCCUGGCUGUACAACCCCUCCAUUGUCACAGAUCAUCUGCUGCAAACUAUGUUUUAGCGUCUACAAAAGUCCAAAACUGCUGCCGUGCCUUCAUAGUUUCUGCUGCUUGUGCCUGUCCAACCACUGUGAUAACAAUUUCUCCCAUGGCAGGGCCAUAGUGUGCCCAUCAUGCUCCGAACCCUUCGAGGUGCCAGAGCAAGGCGUUGCAAGUCUGCCCAACAAUGUGGUGCUACAAAGGGCAAUAUUGUCGAAUGUAAACCAGAUUCAUAUUAAAUCGCCUACACAAUAUAGAAACCGGUCAGUUGAAAAUUCCAACUCACUGACAUUUAGCGACACGCCCAUUGGGUCAGGUUGUAUGAACUGCCCUUCUAACAGCGGAAGUACAGAUAGCGUUACAACUGAGGGGGUGAUUAAGAGAGAAAGCUCAUUGGAAAAUUCUGAUACUUACCAUGGUGAAAACGAUCAAGUGUUCAUCGAUAAUCGCACAGAUAAACAAGGAAAAGGAUCAAAUACAAUUUGUCAGCCAAGACAGGAGAACGUGACGCCAAAACUCGACGACAGAAAACAAACGCCAAAUCCAUCCAAUCUUCCGUCACCUUCAACAGACGUGUCUCUAUUUCAACAGGAACGCCAUACGAUGGUCAAAAGUUGUUCUGAGUUGAGCAACUUUUCAAUAGGUAGUCUAAAGUUCGAACCCCCACAAGAUUAUGCUGACAUUACAGAAGAUCACUAUACAGAGGAUGAUACAACAGUUGUCUCGUCUGUAAACCAUGACCCUAUUAUUGAAGAGCAAAAACAACGUGACCGAAUAAAAGAUGAGUUGGCAAGUUUCCAAACCGAAGCACUCGCCAUUGUUUAUUCCAUCGAUAAUUUGAAUAAAGAAAAGGACAGAUGGAAUCAACAGAAACAGAACCUACAAAACCGAAUACAACAGAGAUCAGCUCGUCUACAAGAUUUGAUAAAAGGUUGGGAGCGGCAACUUCUGCUGCAGGUUGAAGCCUAUUGGCAUGACAUAAAUAUGGUGGAAGUGAUAGAGAAGUACAAAUCAUCCAUGCAUAACAGAUUGAAAGGAAUACUCGCAAUGACAGACUUAGCGAGAAUGCUUCUUGAUCAUGGUCUGAGUGACGAACUACCAGUAUUUGAAGAAAUGAUUAUCAACAGAAAACAAAAGCUGAACGGACAAAAAUUGUCGUUUGAGAAGCCAUAUAUGGAAUUUAGUGCACCUGCAGAAGAAGAUGUGGUUGUCGAAAAUAUAUUCGGAAGUUUAAGUGUUAUGAAGAAAUCUGAAAGUUUUUGGGAAUUCUGCCCAGCCAACCAAAUCCCGACUCCUACAUCUGGCACCGAUGAACCGAUCAGUAAUAGAUGCAUCUCUGAGCCUAUAUCUGGCAGGUUUGCAUCACAAACAGAUUCCAAACCACCAAAACCACCCCUUACUUGCAAAACAGUUGGUGUUACAUUAGCCUGCAGGUCACCGUCGAUCGAAAAACUAAAAGCAGAACGACUUCCCACUAAACGAAGCAGGAGCUCAUCGGCCAGACGGAGUUUCUCAAUGCAAACAAGCUCUUCUCAUCCAAGAAGCAGGCGACAGUCUGUUGAAUCGCCAAAUUCUGAAGAGGUCAACAUAUCAGGUGGAUUAUAUCCCAAAUCAAUUCUACAUCCAAGAGGUUCUGUCUCUACCACGAACAGAAGAAAUUCUGGAGGGUAUCAGGAGUCAGAUCAUCCAGUGUUUUCACCUCCCUCUACUCCAAAUAGAAAAUCUGGUGGUAAGAAAUUUGACUACACACUAGAUCUUCCAGCAAGUAACAGACGAAAUACCGAUGGCAAUAUUGAAAUUGACUGGGAAAGAGACUUUUCAAAUACAGGUGAAAUAGAAACAAAUCGAUAUUCUACCAGCAAUAGAGAGACUGCUGUUUUGAAUGAAAGUGGCCGGCGUGGUCAUUUCGAUGACGAUGUACAACACACUAGACGAAUUCUUGCUAUGUGCAAAAAACAACUUCUGGAAGCACAGACAGAGUCUAAUCCUUUAUUACAAGUUUCAUCACAGGAUGUUAGGACGGGAAGUCUGCCAUCAUCCCCAAGAGAACGUUUCGAUCAUAUGAAAUUCUCUGCUCGUAAAAAGUCUUCCAAAUGGAGGUCAGAGUCACGUGGGAGUAUAUCCAGUCUUGAUGGAGAUUGAUAAACGGUAUUGACGUAUAACUGACAAACAACAUGUCGUUAUAUUCUUAUAUACAAAUGCACAUAGUUAUUAAAGCAAACCUUUCAUGUUGUUUAGAAAUGUAUAAGAAUAUUUUUCCUGAAAGAUACGUAUAUUCUACAAUUAUCUAGAACCACUAUUUUAAUGGCACAUACAAACAUUGUAUUUAACUGUUAAACAUUUAAGUGCCUAGUAUAAGGUUUAAUAGCUCUUAAACUAAUUAUCAAAAUACCCCAUUGGCAAUAGUCUUACAAACAAGUAAAUGUGCCAAAUAUCAAGAAGUCAAUAUCAAGUUUGUAAAAAAGAAUAAAAUUGAAACAUUUUGUUUCAUUUAACCACAGCUAAUGAUUUGCAGAUAUUGGAAUCUCUUAUGGUUUAUGCAUUUAAGAAUAUGUUUAAAUAACGAAAUCUGAAACUGAAAUAGAGCGCUUUCUUUAGGAUAAAAAUACUGAACAUCAUCUUGAUCAGAUUGCUUUUAUUGUUGUUACAAUCUUAAAGGCUGUGGUGAAUGGGGUAAUUUUGUUGAGUUUUGAUUGUCCAACCUAGUUACUAUGUAUUGUAAUUAUGGGUUAUGUUAUGGGGAAAGUGUACAUGUAGUUCCUAAUGUGAAUCUACCUCAUAUUAGAAAUGAGCAAAGAUCAGAAUAGGUUAUUGGAUUUGAAGCAUCAAGGAAAUUUAUUGAAUAAUUCAAACUGAUACAACAAGGUUGGAAUAUUUUCACCCCAUUGAAAUGAUUUACAGUGGACCUAAAUAGCAGAAAGACUUUUUUCAUGAUAUGACUAGGAUUAACAUAUUAAUGCCAGUGAAACAAGUACAAUUAAACAAAGACUCUUCAAAAUAGUACUAGGAUAUUUAUGUGCUUGGUUCCAUUGCUAUUUUCGGUAGUAAUUAAGAUCAUAUUUGACUGUGAUAGUAAUAUAUUGGACACAUUGAAGACAUACAAAACAAACACUAAACCACAAUCUAUUGGACACAUUGAGGACCUUCAGAACAAACACUAAACACAAUAUAUUCGACAC